AUGUCGACCGAUCAACAACAAACCUCUUCACAACAAUCUUAUACUCAUUAUCGGCAUUUGUCACCUAUUGGAACUCUUGCUGGUAAUAAUAAUGGUAUAGAUUCAUAUAAUCCCAUCUUGUAUAAUGCCAAUCAAUACUCCCAAACUUCGACAAUGGCUGGAUCAAAUUCAACCCAAGUUAUCAAUACAUCUUUAAAUGUGUCAUCGGGAGUUGCCACAUCAGUGGAUACUUUUGCUAAUAGAAAAUCUUCGGCUACAACUAUGAUCACGUCACCAAUAAAAAAUCUUCAAGAUCUCGUAUCUGAAAAAUCACCAUAUACUUAUGCAACUUUGAUUAAUUAUGCAAUUGAAAAUUCUCCUAAUAAAAAACUCACAUUAAAUGAAAUUUAUAAUUGGAUUAUGGAGAAUUAUCCUUAUUAUAAGACUGCUGGUGCUGGCUGGAAAAAUUUAAUUAGACAUAAUUUGUCUUUAAAUAAAAGAUUUGUCCGUGUUCCACGUCAAGAUUCAGGCAAAGGGUCAUACUGGACUUUAGACUUCAGUGCUGUUGAAACUGAACCAUGUUGUAACAAAAGAUCUUCGAGUGUUGGUCGCAGUAAUGCAAGCAUCCCACAACAAACAAUGCCUUAUACCGGUGCUAGCAUUAGUAAUAUUGCUGCUUAUGAUGCUACCGCUGUUAGCGGAUAUA